AUGGUGAGCGCUGAAGCUGCUAGAAACGUGGUUGGGAUCAUCGGGAAUGUGAUCUCCUUUGGGCUUUUCCUCUCGCCAGUGCCAACAUUUUAUAGAAUCUAUAAGAACAAGGGAGUGGAGGAUUUCUCGCCGGAUCCCUAUAUUGCAACGGUACUGAACUGCAUGUUUUGGAUAUUCUAUGGCAUGCCUUUUGUUCACCCAGACAGCAUUCUUGUCGUGACCAUCAACAGUGUUGGGCUAGUGUUGGAGCUGAUCUAUUUAGCCAUAUUCUAUACCUAUGCUGGCAAACAUAAGAAUGGACGGAAGAAGGUACUCAUUGGGCUCUCCGGGGAAGUGGUUUUCGUGGCCAUCAUUGUUGCCAUAACUAUGUUGACGCUACACACUCACACUAAAAGAUCUUUGAUGGUUGGAGUCAUCUGUGAUAUCUGCAACAUUAUGAUGUACUGUUCUCCUCUUACAAUCAUGAAAAAAGUCAUCACAACCAAGAGUGUGAAAUACAUGCCAUUUUAUCUCUCAUUGACCAACUUCCUUAAUGGCUCCGUCUGGACUGCUUAUGCGCUCAUCAAAUUUGACAUCUACGUCCUGGUGAGCAACAGCAUUGGUGCAGUCUCUGGUCUAAUACAACUCUUACUAUAUGCAAUUUACUACCGUACAACUCCAAAAGGCGACGAUGAUGCUUCGCCGGCGAAGGCAUCUGAGGUGCAGCUGUCAAGCACAAAUCAUGCAGCUACUAAUAGAGUCUGA